AUGAUCAACGCCGUCCUCGUCUUCAACAACAACGGCCAGCCGCGCCUGACCAAGUUUUACACGCAGCUGGACACGAGCGUGCAGCAGCGCCUGAUAUCCGAGAUCUUCACGCUGGUGUCGAACCGGCCCAACUCGUCCUGCAACUUCCUACCGCUGCCGCCCCUCCUCGCCGCAAACUCCAAGUCCACCACCCCGAGCGAGCCCCACAACGACACCCCCAGCAUCGUCACCUACCGCCACUACGCGACGCUGUACUUCAUCGUCAUCAGCACGUCGACCGAGUCGCCGCUGGCCCUGCUCGACCUGAUCCAGGUCUUUGUCGAGGCGCUGGACCGCCUGUUCGAGAACGUGUGCGAGCUGGACCUCAUCUUCAACUUCGAGACGCUGCACGCCACCCUGUCCGAGAUGAUUGUCGGCGGCGUCGUCGUCGAGACCGGCCUCGAGCGCGUCGUGCAGGGCGUGCGCGCGCAGGGCAGGGUCGCGAAGAGGCCGGAGGGCGGCGGCCUGGCUGGCUUUGGUAGGGCUGAUGGCUUGUGGGCGGGGCGAUGA